GUGGAUUUGACUUUUGCAUUUUGUUGAUCCACCCUGUAUGUGACUAUUCUGUGGCAAUGCGCUGCUGCCACCUAUACUGUUUUGACUGGUUUAGGAACUACAUGUAUUGCACGGUCGCUAUGGUAACGGUCAGUUUAACUUCGUUAAUCAGCUUCCUAAAAUCAUCGGGUUGCUGUAAUAUUUUGAGAAUAUUACUUGAGGAAUUUUAAGUACCUUUUAGGCCUUGAUAUGAAUUUAUUUACGUGUGUAAACGACUGGGCACAUGGUCGUCUGCUAAUUUCUCCAUCUUGGAAGCAAAACAAUUUUCUGAAUCUUGAGAAGAAAACUCUCUUUUUACGCAUAAAUUCACCUUUCCUAAACCUGGUGCCUGACUUGAGGAAGCAUGAAUACCCAUGGAAUGGACUAGACCCCUUUAGAUGAUGUUGUGGCUAGUCGGUAAUACGCAAUCGGGGUGAUUUUGAGACCACCUCUGGCUCUGUACCUGUGACCUUGGCUGGCUUUUGCCCAAACAGGCUGGUAUUCAGCCUCACUGUCCCUGUCCCACUUCUUGUUUGGUAUCUAACUUUGUGUCUGGCAGGACAGGUUAGCCCUAAGUGAUGUCCCGGAGAUUCGUGGCCCGUCGUUUUCACGGUUAGGCCCAGUUGUAGGCCAAGAGUUAGGUUUGAGAGAGUCCUGUACAUUGUGUAGUGCAUCGGCCUGUGCAUUGUGAGGCCUGGCCCUGUUAUGAUUCAGUGUGAACAAUAGUUAUCCCAGGGAAUCCUUGCGUUCUUUUAUUAUCUACCCCAUACCCAGACCCGCUCGUUGUGGUUGGCCCCAUGGGUAUGACGGUCUUAGGACAGCCCCGAACCUGGAGUGUAUAGCAAUUGUGAGUGAGCAAAGCCGGAGUGAACUGUGAGACCGGACCCACCCCGCACGGUGGUCGGAGACUGGGCAAGUGCGGGUUACAAAUUGGCGCCCAACGUGGUUUUGUUCUCCUUUCUUUUAAAAAGGGGGAGAGGUACAUGUGUAUGUAUAGACAAAGUGUAUGCAGAGUGCAUGUCGUUUUGUUUAUGAAACAUUGUUUCAUCCGUCGUGAGCUGGGAUGCAGAAACCUUGUUUGACGCGUACUAUUUUACAUUCUGUUUCCAAAUUGAAACGUUGUUUCACGCGUAGUUUCUGUCUGUAGGUGAUGAGAAACAUUGUUUCACGCGAAGAUUUUAAUCGAGGCCGUGAGAGACGUGCUCUCCUUCUAAUCGCUGUUCGUGGAAUCUUGCCAUCUUUUCGCGCAUACCUGAUGCUGGUACGACUUAUUUUUCCUUUGGAAUAGGUAGGUAUGGUACUGUAUAGCAUUUCGAUUUUUGUAGAAUUGUAGAGCCGUAUUUUGACUAUUGCGAGUUGUGACUAUACAUGCAGGUUGUACAUUUACCAUGAGGUGUGUGCAUUUUGUGGUUUAUUGAGUGUACCUUGCACAACUGUACAUUGUGGCAGUGCAUUUACAGCACAGUGUAGUAUGCAUGUGUACCUUGCACAACUGUACAUUGUGGCAGUGCAUUUACAGCACAGUGUAGUAUACAUGUUUGUAGAUUGAUGCAGUAUCAGUGCACAUAGUACAGUAUUUUGCAUAGGGCCUGUGAUAUUUGCGGCGUAUAGUGCAUACAUUCUUUUUUAGUAUCUUUCAGGUAUAACCAACUCCAAGAUGCCAGGAGGAGGCGCAGGAGGGGGUGUUGUAAACCCCGCAGCCAUUCCACUUCCGGCCAGUAGCACAACUGCGGAGGGGAGAGAUGAAAGGAAUUGGACCAGGCGUUUGAAGACCUUUUCGGGGAGAAGAAACCCUGGGAAUAACGAACACGACUUCGAUGCCUGGGAGUUCGAAAUAGAGCAACUUGAGGCGGAGUUAGACAUUGGGGACCAUGUAAAAAGGAGGCUAGUGUUUGGAAGCCUCAGUCAACCGGCAGCAGGUCUUGCCCGAGCACUUGGAACAGGCGCCCAAAUCGGAACGAUCGUGAAGGUAUUGAAGUCGGCGUACGGGUUUGCGGCGGAUGGACACGAGCUGCUGAUGCGAUUUUACGACAACAUCCAGAAGGAUGGAGAGCAGCCCAGUGCAUUUUUACAGCGUCUCCAGAGCUUGUUGCGGAAAGUAGUCGAUGCCGGGGCAGUAGACUCAUCAGUGGAGUUCGCCACUCUCGUCAAGCAGUUCAAGCGAGGAUGUCGCGAUGACAAGUUAUUACACGCGAUGGACUUGAUGGGGGACGUACUGACCCACAAGGAGUUUGCCGAACUAUUUUGUGCCUUGAAGGAGGAGGAGCUCCGCCUGAAAGAGAGGGAGUCUCGCUUCAACGAGCCAGAGACAAAGUCCAAGAAGAAGACUGUGUCGGCGCACCAGGCUACUAGUACCAGCACAGAGGGCCUACCACCCGAGAUGGCUGAGCUGUUAACGACAGUUAAUGCUUUGCGCUUGUCCGUUGAAGACUUGAAGAAGUCGAGGAUUGCUACCGCUUCCGGUUCUAGCCAGCCACAGGAGAGUCGUGGGAGAGGUCGUGGUUCGACGCGGGACACCAAAGGGAGAGAACCCAGGGGGAACGCCCCGUCUCGGCCGGCUCGUGGGACCUGCUACAACUGUGGGGAGACCGGACACUUCAAGUCGGAGUGUACCAAGGAGGCUAAGACUACAUCAGGAGGACGGAGGAAGCUUUUCUGCCACCACUGUGGAGAGGACGGCCACAAGCGACAAGACUGUUCAGGCGAGGCGAACCCAACCGUCGUUUUCAAGAAACUUAAUUCGGAAAACUAG